AUGGCUUGGGAUAAGGAUGCCUCACUAUUACUCGGAUCGAGCUUGAGCAUACUAGAGGAAUGUAGCCCCCACUUGAUGCUCGAAACCACUCCCUCAACAGCCUACAAAGCCGAUGUCUGGGUCUUGACAUCCCGGCAUGAGUUCGAAUCUAAGAGGAAAAUCUGUGGAGUCCGAGAUGGAUCAACGGAUGGAAUACGGGAGCUAGAACCAAUAGCAUCGAGUUCUGGCAUUCCAGAAGGUGUUGUUAGUACAGCGAUUGGAGAGAACACAACGUCAACCUGGGGGUUAAUGACGAGCAAGGAUUAUGAGCUCGAUCUCGAAUAUCAGGUAUCAUCUCGAAGUUCUCAGCCAAAUUAUCAAGUGGUAUCGAGUUCUGGUAUUCCAGGAGGUAUUGCUCAGAUGGCAAUUGGAGAGAGAGAACACAACAUCAACCUCGAGUUUGACUCCGAGCUGGAUGACGAGCUCGAGCUUGAGUAUCAGGUACCACUCCAAAGCUCUCAGCCGGUCUAUCGAGGUUGA